CCCAGAGCAAGAUGGCGGCCUCCAUACUGCGACGCUCCCUUCUAGCUCCGCGCUGCAGAGCCGGGGAUGUCGCCGCCCUGCACAGUGGACCGAGCCGGAGAAGGGCGCAGGCCCCAGGGCCCAUCGCUUCUGGCCGGAGAAUGGGGAAAAGUCCUGCGGGAGAGCGCAGUGUUGCUCCAUGGGUAGCAGUGGUGGGUCUGGAAAUUCAUGCACAGAUCAGUUCCAACUCAAAGCUUUUCUCUGGCUCCCAAGUCCAAUUUGCAGCACCACCUAAUUCUUUGGUAUCUUUCUUUGAUGCUUCUCUACCAGGGACCUUACCAGCUCUCAACAGGAGAUGUGUAGAAGCAGCAGUGAUGACAGGCCUCGCACUGAACUGCAGCAUAAACAAGAAGUCCUUGUUUGACAGAAAACACUAUUUCUAUGCAGAUCUGCCUGCUGGCUAUCAAAUCACUCAGCAGAGACUUCCUGUUGCUGUGAAUGGUAGUCUUUCAUACAGCCUCUGUGUAGGGGGAAAAAAGAACCAGAUGGUAACCAGGACUGUGAGGAUUAAGCAGAUCCAGUUGGAACAAGACAGCGGAAAGAGUCUUCAUGAUGACACAAGGAGCCAGACUCUCAUUGACUUGAACAGGGCUGGUGUUGGCCUCAUGGAGGUUGUCAUGGAGCCUGAUAUGAGCUCUGGGGAAGAGGCAGCUGCAGCAGUCAGAGAGCUUCAGCUUAUUCUUCAAACACUUGGGAGCAGCCAGGCAAUCAUGGCAGAGGGUCAACUGAGAGUGGAUGCCAAUGUAUCUGUGCAUCACCCUGGAGAAGCUUUAGGAGUAAGGACUGAGGUGAAGAAUAUCAAUAGUGCACGAUUCCUGGCAAGAGCAAUAGACUAUGAAAUACAGAGGCAAAUCAAGGAACUUGAAAAUGGAGGAACUGUUAUUAAUGAAACCAGAGCCUUUGAUUACAAACUUGGGUGUACCGUACCAAUGAGAGAUAAAGAAGGAAAACAGGAUUACCGGUUCAUGCCAGAGCCAAACCUCCCUCCAUUGAUUCUGUAUGAUACUAAAUCGUUGCCCGCUAAUACGAACCAUCAGCAAGUGGUGAAUAUUGAUUGGAUUCGGGAGAGGCUUCCUGAUCUCCCCAGUGUGAGGAGAGUGAAGCUUGUUGAACAGUAUGGGAUUCUGCCUGAACACAGUUUCACCUUAUUGAAUGAAGAUGGAUUAAUGGAGUUCUUUGAAAAUGUAGUGAGACAGACGCAGAUGAAUCCAAAGAAAGUGAUUGGCUGGAUUCUAAAUAAUAUGCUUGGUUAUUUAAAACAACACAACCUUACAGUCCAGGAAAGUCCAGUCAGUUCUCUCUUCCUGGCUGACCUUCUAAACCUUCUAGAGAGAGGAACAAUUUCUUCUUCAGCAGCCAAACGAGUGCUUGAGGAAUUGUGGAAGGCGGAGGGGAAGACCCCACUUCAAAUUGUUGAAGAAAAGAAACUUGAACUGAUCCAGGAUCAGCAAGAGCUUGAACAGAUCUGUCAGGCAGUGGUGGAAGGACAUCAGGAAGAGGUUAUGGAGAUAAAGAAGGGAAACCCAAAAGUUCUGAAUAAACUGAUUGGACUGGUUCAAAGAACAACAAGAGGGCGAGCAGAUCCUGUGCUGGUGAAACAAAUAUUAGAGAAGAGGCUGUCACAGUAACUUUCAGAGCAACUUGCACAGGUCCCUACAGAGGGAACGACUGGACAUUCCCUGGACUUUGUACAGUUCAAUUCCAGCCUGAGCUAGAAAAAGAUACUGUGUUGUCUCAGCAUGGAACAGAAUUAUUAUUCCCUUUUGGUGGUUAUUCAGGUAGUAUCUUGUUAUACAGUCUUCCUUGAAUGCUUCACCCUCUAUCAGGACAAAAGAAAAGAUAUUCAGUGCAAAUGAAUAGGAGAAGCUAGUAUUGAGUGCUGUUCACUUUUCCUGUUGCUGGUUUUGCACACAGGAGAAAGGUAAAUGAUUCAAUACAUUGCUGUUUGUCUGAAUACUCUAGAACUUGUAUCAGAUGUAUGUUGUGAUUCAAUCUUGCCACGUAGCAAUGUUUUUCUGAAGGAAUAGAAAUUUAUGCAUUUUAGAGUGUGAAAUGUAAUGAUGUGAACAGGACACACCACCUACUCGCUCUGCCGAACACCCAGUGGCAGCUUAGCCACUGCUGGCCACUCCCCCAACCUGUCAGGAAGGGGAAGUAGUUCCUCAGUGCUAUCACUCCUUCCUUGCCUCUGCCAGAGGGAGGGAAAGGAGAAGAGACUGCCCAGCUGCCUUUCCUUCAAGUGAUGAUCUAUCCUAAACCUGCUCCCCAGUGGCUAAAUAGGCCCCUAAAACCAACUAAGGCAGCUGAAGCCCAGGCAGUCCUGUGCAUUAUGGAAAAAUCCUGCUACUUUAAGAGCCUGUGCUAUAUGCAUAUCUAUAAUCUUACAUCUAUAAUAAAUACUUGAUAGGGCUAUGGACUGUGGUUUCUGGAGUUCAGAAGCCUCUUCUGAUGCUGCUAAAUAAUCCCUUCUAACAACCGCAGUUAUCCUCAAGCUCAAAGAUACUUCUGAAGGGUAGAAUGUUUUGCCAUUGGAAUGCAUGCACAUACCGUACUAAGCUCUUAGGCCCAGGUUUUUAAAGCUAUUUACAUGCUGCAGUGCUCAGUUUUGCAAUGCCUAACUGAUUUAGGCACUUAGCCUAAAUCCCAUUGACUGUCAAUGGGAUUUUGACUCCGAUGCCUAAAUCCUUUUUGAAAAUGAGAUUUGGGCUCUUACAUACCUUUCAAAAUCUGGGCUUAAUUCAGAGAAUUCUUCUGUGGAAUCUAGCUAUUGUCUUCAAGUUAUGGAAUUCCUAGUUCAGCCCUGCUCACUGGUACUUCAUUCUCUGAUUAUCAGUGCUACUAUCUUUCUUGACAGGGAAACAUUUGAACAAACAAGCUCACAGUUUAAGCAGAAAAGAGGCAAAAUGCAGGAGUUUUCAAAUAUAUUUAUUGAAUAAAACGUGUACCCAUUGUUCACAUAAAAAUAAGUUAGUUAAAAGGUUGUGCAGCUGACAAAAAGCAUUAACGUUAAGUUGCCUGUUUUGUCUGAAAAGGAUAAGAUUUACUCUGAAUUUUGCAAUGACAGACGUUGACCUUUUAAAAAAUUGUGUUUUUAAACUGACAUUCAAACAAAGGCUUAACUAUCAUUUUGUCACCUCCGAGCAAAACCACCAUUUUAUCUUGUACUUAGUGGCACCUGUUUUGUUCCAUGAUGACUUCGUUCAGAGUGCUAAGUUUCAAUCAAUGUUACAAAACACAUCCAGAUAAUAAAUGGUUAUGACACAAACCAUAAUAUACACUGAACUUUGAAUUUGUUAGAUUAAUGCUCUGCCCUUAACUCCUGCCAUUCUGGGAGGAAACAAAAGGCACAAGACUGUGAAUUAUGGACUGAGCAUCUGCAUAAAGUUUGAAUUUUAUGGGUC